GGCCUCCCCUUUUGCCCUUGGCGACCGGGACUCGGGACUCGUCUUAUACCCGAAGGUGGGGCGCGCAAUGCGAUCUGAUUUUUCUGCCCCAAGACCAUGAUUAAUCGGGAGGACAAAGAAACAAUGCAAGGAAACCUCGAGGCAUCCUCAGGAUGCCUCAGGGCCAAGGCAUUUUACUAUAAUUCGCAUGAAAGUGGUAGUGCCUUCGAAGGGUUUCCUGAGCACAAGAAUGAAAUGAACAUCAAUCCUGGUGGUACCUUUGAAUCAGGAAAUCCAUCAAACAGGGAGUCUUCUGCACCUCCAAGUCAGGGCUACAAUAGACCCUUCUACCAACAAGAAUCUUACACAUGGCCAAGCUUUCAUCCUGAUGUUCAGAAGCUUUGGCACAGCCCAGUGAAUAUAGUAGAAGCCCAGUUCUACCCAGUGAACAGGGAAUAUUAUUUUCCUGUUGAAAAUAGGUUUCACCAUCUGCCAUUCAAGAUGUUUGCUCAUGGUUAUCCGCAUGGAUUUCAGUUUCAAGAAUUUCAAUAUUUUGUGGUUAUCGAUUUUGAAGCAACUUGUGACAAAGAAAAGAAUCCACAUCCACAAGAGAUCAUUGAAUUCCCAUCUGUUCUGGUUAAUAGUGUGACUGGGCAAUUGGAAGCUUCCUUCCAGACAUAUGUGCGUCCUUCAUAUCAUCAACAUCUAAGUGAUUUUUGCAAGGAGCUCACUGGAAUUCAACAAAUCCAGGUGGACAGAGGUGUUCCUCUAGGUGAAGCUUUACUCAUGCAUGAUAAGUGGUUGGAAGACAAAGGGAUUAAGCAGAAAAACUUUGCUGUCGUGACAUGGUCUAACUGGGACUGUCGUGUUAUGCUGGAGUCAGAGUGCAGAUUCAAAAGGAUCAGGAAGCCUCCCUACUUUAAUAGGUGGAUUAACUUGAAGGUUCCAUUCCAAGAGGUGUUUGGUGGUGUGCGCUGCAAUCUAAAGGAGGCAGUUCAGCUGGCUGGCCUGGCAUGGGAGGGCCGUGCUCACUGUGGCCUUGAUGAUGCCCGCAAUACGGCACGCCUCCUCGCCCUUCUCAUGCGCCGGGGCUUCAAGUUCUCCAUAACUAACUCACUAGUGUGGCAGCCUGGGGAUCACCCGCUGACCUUGCAGUUACCACCUGAACACCCAUCGGACCCUGCCCAGCAAUCUCAGAAACUGAAAGAUCUGGUGGUCCCUGCCUAUCAGCUCCAUCCUCUUAUGGACCCUACCACUGGGGAGAGGUGCAGCUACUGUUUCUGUGGCGUGAAGUGCAGCAGGUCUGUGGUUCGCAAGCCAGGGCCGAUGCAGGGCAGGUGCUUCUUUGGGUGUGGGAGAUGGACGACUACAAGACGUGCCGUCUGUAAUUACUUCAUGUGGGCUUCACCUUGAGGGAGGAGAGGACUUCUAGUCCUGGAAUAUAUUCUCAGAAAAAUCAUUUCUGUACAGAAGGGGCGAAGUUUGAUCUUAUAAAUAGUUGGUGAGGCAACAAGCGGGCUGUCGCUUCCGUAUAUAUAUAUAUAUGCACUGUUACAGUUUGUCCUUGCUCCUGUUACUGGAACCCUUAGGUAGUUGCCUAACCUCUCAAACUGACUUCUUAUUGACAGAAGAGAAGGGGGAUGGAAUAUGCUGCUUAAGGUACUUCACAUGCUUAAGACAUGUUUGUUUAUCUAAAUAAGCUAUUAGAGUUGGACCUUGUUCUUUUUUUUUCUUAAUGGAAAUCUGCUGGACUUAUUGCUGGGGGCGAUGAUAUAUUUCUGCUAUUGAGUUAUGAUAUGUGAAUAGGAUAAUUGAAGU